AUGGGGCCGGCUGAGGGGAGCGGGCGGCGCGCGCGGCCCGUGGAGGCGACGGACGGCCGCAGCGCGCUGAGCAAGGCCUCCCUGCACGCGCACGGCUACGUGCGCGACCCCUUCGCGGCGCUGCUGGGGCGGGGGCGCGCGCGGCGCGCGCCGCUGGUCCACCGCGGCUACCACGUGCGCGCGCGCGCCGUCCGCCACUGCGUGCGCCUCUUCCUGGAGCGCGCGCGCGGGGCCGCGCAGGCCCCGCAGCUGCUGUCGCUGGGCGCGGGCUCCGACUCGCUCUACUUCCGGCUGCGGGCGUCGGGCCGGCUGGGCCGCGCCGCCGUCUGGGAGGUCGACCUGCCCCCCGUGGCGCGGGGCAAGGUGGCCACCAUCCGGGCCACCCCCGAGUUGGCCGCCCUGGUGGGGCCCUGGGAGCCGGAGCCGCUCCACCCGGCCUCGUGCCUCGACGGCCCGGCCUACCACGUGCUGGGCCUCGACCUGCGCGACCCGCCCGGCCUCCAGCGGGCCCUGGACGCCACCGGGCUGCGGCCGUCCGCGCCCACCCUGCUGCUGGCCGAGGCCGUGCUGGCCUACCUGGAGCCGCCGGCCGCGGAGGCCCUGCUGGCGUGGGCCGCCGGCCGCUUCCCGGCCGCCCUCUUCGCGGCCUACGAGCCGCUGCGGCCCGCCGACCCCUUCGGCCGAGUCAUGCGGGACCACUUCCGGCGGCGCGGGGCGGCCCUGCUGGGCCCGGCCGCCUGGCCCGACCUGGAGGCCCAGCGGCGCCGCUUCCUGCGCGCGGGCUGGGCGGCCUGCGGCGGGGCCGACAUGAACGACUUCUUCCGCGCCCACCUGCCCGAGGCCGAGCGGCGCCGCGUGCGGGCGCUGGAACCCUUCGACGAGUUCGAGGAGUGGCACCUCAAGUGCGCCCACUACUGCGUGGUGGUGGCCGCCUCCGGGCCCGCCCUGGGCCCGCCGCCGUUCCUCCCCGGGCCGGGCCCGCCGGAGCCGGACCCGCCGGCGGGCCCGGCCCUGCCCGCCCACCCGGCGGCCGGCCUGGCUGAGGGGCCCGGCCUGCGCCGCUACGGCCACGCCUCGGCGCCCCUGGGCCCCGACAUCAUCCUCAGCUCCGGCGGCUUCGGCGAGCGGGACGGCCGCCACGGCCGGCUGGCCGGGCUGCACGUGCUGCGGCGGCGGCCGGGCGGCGGGUGGCGGGCCGCCUGGGCGGGCGGGCCGGCCGGGGACGGCCGGCUAUUCCACACCCUCAGCCCCCUCCCGGGGUCGCGGGUGCUGCUGCUGGGCGGGAGGCGCUCCCCGCUGGCGCCCGUGCCGGAGAUGGAGUGCUGGGCCCUGAGCCCCGGCGGCCCGGAGGACGAGGGCCCGCGGGCGGAGGCCGCCGGGCCCGGCCCGGCCCCGCCCGACCGCCGGCUCCGGCGCUGGCGCCACACGGCCACCGAGGUGACCUGGCGGGGCCGGGCCUGCCUGUUCGUCUACGGCGGGCGGAGCGACGUCGAGCCCGCGCUGGGCGACUGGGCCUUCCUGCGGGUGGACGGGCUGGACUGGGCCGAGGUGCCCGUGGAGGGGCCGGCGCCGGCCCCCCGCCACUCCCACGCCGCCUGCGGCUGGCGAGGCGGGGCCCUCGUGGCCGGGGGCCUGGGCGCCGACGAGGAGCCCCUGGGCUCCGUGCUCUUCCUCCGGCCCACCCCCUCGGGGUUCCGCUGGGAGCCGCUGGACGUCCGGCCCCCGCUCUUCCCCCGGUACUCGCACACGGCCCACGUCCUCGACGACAGGCUGCUGCUGCUGGUGGGAGGCGUCCGGAUCCCCUCGUCGUUCUCCUCCCCGGCCCCGGUCCCCGGGGUGGCCGUGAUCGACCUGGCCACGGGCCGCGGCUCCGAGCACCCGAUCGACGCCGCGGCCGUCCCGUGGCCGCUCAUGCUGCACAACCACACCAGCGUCCUCCUGGAGGAAGAGCGGCGGCUCCUCCUGCUCGGGGGAGGCGGGACCUGUUUCUCCUUCGGGACCCACCUCAACCCCCAGCCCGUCACCCUGGAUCUCGCGGGCCUCGCGGGGGGGGCCGGCCUAGCGGGGUCGGCGGGACGGCCGGGGAGAAUCGCGGGCCCGCGGGGCUGGGGCGUUGGCACCGGGGAGGCGUCGGCCGUCCUGAAAUCCGGGGAGCCGGCGACGGGGGUGCGGGAUGCCGCGGCCUUGAGUGCGGAGCUGAGAAACCAGUCCCCGGGGGCAGAGGAAGAUCCCUCGGAUCGCCCCGGGUCCCGGCGGCAACCCCGUCGUUCCCGCGCUUAGUAUCUCUCCCGAAUGUGGAAAGCCGCCGUGACCCGCUCUGUAUUCCUCCGGCGCCCGGAACCCCGGUGGCUCAAUAAAUCGGAAUCUGGAAUUAAA